ACGUUCAAUGAGUGGGGGGAGGGUGCACACCGCUCAGGCACUGGGGCUGCAAGGACCAAGUAACGGGAAUAAAGGAUUUAAUAACCAACAGUAGAAACAGCAUCAGCCUGCCGGGAAUAAACAAGAGAAGAGGGAGAAAUCUGCCAUAAAUUGCGGGGAUCGUUAGAAAUGGCUGCAACUGACACCCCUCUUAAAGAUGCACCACAAGUGAUAUGACAGGUCUGUGAUGUCACCCAUGUGGGCAGUGCUUGGGAACUCCCUUACAACACUGCAGCAUCAGGUUUCAGUAUGAAUAUUAGAACAGACACACACUGCAGCCAAGUAGGAAUAAGGAGAGAGCUUAUUCAUUGAAUACAAAUCACUGUCUGGAUUACAAACCCUCAAGGCACUGGAUUUAUUCUCUGAUAAUAUUCCUCAUAUAUACAGAAAACGAGGUACUAGAAGGUUGGAUUUCUCAUUUCAUACCUGAACUUUCCAUCAUUUUGGCUACAACUAGGGGACCCCACCAUGUGUCAUGUAAUUGUUACAUGUCGUUCAAUGCUAUGGACCAUACUGAGUAUUGUAGUUGCCUUUGGGGAACUGAUUGCCUUUAUGAGCGCAGACUGGUUGAUUGGUAAAGCAAAACACACAGAAAUGGACAACAGAACAGGGGGUCAGCAAGAACCUUACCGGCCUACGCUGGGUAUCUAUGGACGAUGCAUAAAAAUGCCUCAAGUACAGUAUUUUAAGAGGGAUACCCUCUGUGGUCCAUACGCGGAGCAUUUCAAUGAGAUCGCUAGUGGUUUCUGGCAAGCCACAGCCAUUUUUCUAGCGGUGGGAAUCUCCAUCCUCUGUAUUGUGGCUUUUGUGUCUGUCUUUACUAUGUGUGUGCAAAGUGUUAUGAAGAAAAGCAUUUUCAAUGUUUGUGGGCUGCUACAAGGAAUUGCAGGCCUCUUCCUUAUUCUCGGCUUGAUUUUGUACCCUGCUGGUUGGGGAUCUCAGAAGGUUGUUGGAUAUUGUGGACACUAUGCAUCUGCCUACAAGCUUGGGGAGUGUUCCUUGGGCUGGGCCUUUUACACUGCAAUUGGCGGCACUGUUCUUACGUUUAUCUGCGCAGUGUUCUCAGCUCAAGCUGAAAUUGCCACCUCCAGUGAUAAAGUACAAGAGGAAAUCGAAGAGGGGAAGAGCCUCAUAUGCCUUCUUUAACAAGUGACAAAUGGAUGACCUCUCUCUAAUCCUUUAUAGACUUCAUCAAGGGAUCAACAUUGUUUACACAGCCCACAGCUCGCAUGAAUGGACUUGCAUUAAAGCCAAACAUUCAGACUUGAUCCAAUUGCCUUCUGUCUUUGCAUUCUCUCAUGGAAAAAAAAAGAAAAAGCAAAGUUGACAGGUGACAAUAAUGUGAAAGUGGGAUUUGAAGACUUUGUUUGUAAUACAUAUGGACAUUUUAAAAAUGAAGUGCACAAUUGUUUUUGUUUUUUUUUACAGUUCUGCUCAAUAGAAUUUUUGAUGCAACACCUAUUCAAAGUCACUUUAAAUCUUUUUUUAUUUUUGUGUAUAUAGAAAAUAAGCCGUUUUUUUUUUAAUGUUGUCAAUCUUUGGACUUUUCUAGCCUUGCUUUAUGACACUGCUCAUAAAAACUCUUUUUUUUAAUUCCUUGGAGCACAACUUCCUGCUUGGAAAACAAAUGUACCACUAAACUAAAAAUGUCUGGAAACUGGAAACUAGCGAUUUCCCCCCCCCCCCCCCUUUUUUUAACAUUCAUUUUAAUGUAAACGAUAUGGAGAAAACCACUGUUUUAAAGCUAUAAAAUAAAUUGUGGUGCAACAAUGUAAUGUAAUCCCUUUAUAUAACUCAUAUUUGGGAUUUUCUUGUUUUUGUAGUGGUACUUCUCAAGAAAAUAAAGUGGGGCGAUAUUUUUUGGCUACUGUGUAACCACGGUUAGCAAACCAAAUGAAAAAUACCCAACCCAGAAAGGUCUGCCUGUGAUGUACGGCCUAGUUUAUCAGCUACCUGCUACUAAGCAACGCCAUUUUGUCAAAAGUUAGAAGAGAAUUAGGAGCCUUGAUAAAAUUACGCUGCUUUAAUGAAACUAGGCCAACUACCACUAGUAAACUAGUUGUAUAAGUUUGUAGUGUAGAUAAAUAAAAUUAAAAGAUGAGACUCAAAUGAAUGUAUUAAUGUACAAAUGCAAUUUAAGCUAUUGAAGGACAGAACUUGUAUAGCAACUAAUAAUUGGCAUAACAAACCACUACAUACAUACUCUCCUAAUGGACACUGGUGUUUAUAAAACAAACAAACAAAGCACAAAACUGUCACAUGUGUAUUGUUUGAAAUGAGAUAACUAUCAUUUUACAAUGGUUGCUGCAGUGUUUGUGCCUUAUGUGUAUGUAACAUUCAGUAUUAUGUGAUUCUCUGAACAGUAACACUAUGAUUUUCCACCUUUUUAACCACUGGUAAACAUAUGGUUAACAGCAGUGUAAUGAGAUAUCCCAACCAAAAGAGUACCAGGAUCCCUCAGCCUCUCUCAGCCUAUUUAUUUUCCUUUUUUCUACGAACAGAACAUGAACAGCUGGUCAUCGCAUAACUGUGUCUGGCUUUCACAUUGAAUACUUUGAUAAUAACUUUAAACUGGUUUAUGUAUGUGUGUGUAUGUAUGUAUGUAUGUAUGUAUAUUUACACACACACAGUGUUCUCCCAAGGACCUUUUUAAUGGGUGCACCACCUGACUGAGUUUCCUGGCUAAAACUUCUUAGUUUAAACUAAAAUGAGCUAAUAUUAAGUUUUUUCAGUGUUUAUUGUUAAAUUACGCAAUUAGUUUGUGCUUUGGAUAGCAGAAAAUGCUGUAAUAUUACAAAGUAUUAAACUGCUACCACCCAGCUACUUCAUAAUGGCACCCAGCUGACAAUUUUAUAUUUAUAUAGAUCUAAAAAAUAAUUAGGAUUUCUGCACUCUUAAAGUGACAGUAAACACCCUUUUCAAUAUGCAUAGUCAACGUUCAAAUAAACUUUCAUUAUUUUUUUCCCCUCUACUUUUUAUGGGUUUUCUCAUUCUUAGAACAGAAAAAUGCCUGCUUCAGACUUCUCAAGGCUAACCCUGCUACAUAUAUACUUUAUUUGCCUUAGCGUAUAAUAAACUGCAAAGAAAUGAUUGUAGAUAUCCUUGUCUACUUCAUUAAUAAAGACUGAUUGCCAAAUAUGACAAGUGGUGAGUAGAUUUAGGAUAGUUUUAAAAAAACAAAAACUUUCAGCUAACAAGCUAUUUAUUCCUUUUUGUUUUAAAAAAGUUUAAACUUGGCAGCUGAUAAAUGAUUCUAUAGCAAGGCAUCUGAAAUGUCUAAACAUUGAAAGGUGUUUACCCACCCUUUAAACUUUUGCAUAGGUUACAGUCUGUGGCUUUACAACCAAUUACACCCUCGCUCGUUUCUUUUGCGAUCUCUCUUGUCUGCCUUUAGCACGGCCUCUGGCUACAGUGGAUAGAGACUCAUUUGUGCUUUUAAAGGCAUUGGGGAAUUAAAGACCAAUACAAUGCACCACAUAAAGUGUGUUUUAGUGGUUUCCAGUAAUUAAUUUUCUAAAAAUAAAAAUUAAAUUAAUAAAGUUUCCAUGUGAUGGGUCAAGGGAGAGAUAAAAAAUGAUUCCAGGUAGUACAAAAUAGGUGCUAUCAUAUGGUCUUAGUCCUUUGAUCUGAGCCUUGUCACUUGAAAAAAUAUUAAAGACAUAAGUGUAAAGGUUUAGUUUGUAUAAUGUAAAUUACUUUUCCUCAGCAGCGCAUAUGAUAAGUAAGAAUGGGCAUUUCAAUCUAGGAUAGCUAAUUUACAAUAUGUCGGUGCUCAUUUCUUUAUAAAAAAAAAACUUAGUGGAAUUGGAAGUACAACUGAUUAUUAAACAUUUUACUAAAACUGUAACCCUCAAUCAGUGCGAAAGUUAUUUGAUCAAAGAUACAUUUCCUGCUUUUUUUGUAUCUUAUGCUGAAAUUACAAGAAAACAAUAGAUGAUGUGGCACUUGAUAGCGUAGUUUACAGCAAUAAAAUGUUAUAUUAGUGUAAUACACACAUGCACAUCACUUCAAAAGCACAACUAAAGAUUCAAUACCUAUUACUCAGGGUAACAUAAAAUGUUUGAUACAGGGUAGAUUUUAAAACCUAAAUUGUGUUCUGAUCCAUUUAUUUCUGCCCAUUCUGUUGAUGUGAUUUUUAUUUUAUUUUCUAAAGCUAUGAUUAAGAUCUGAUUCCCGUUAGAGAUUUACUUGUAGCGCAUAAUUUAUGUACAAAUAUCCCUGUAAGCUUUUACAGUGAAUGUUAAAGUUUUUCAACUCAAAUAGACAUAGCUAAAGGUACUCAAAUUUGCCCCAGCAUGCAACAUUUUCAGCACUUCCUGGAGUUUUUAACAUCGCUAAUGGUAUAUAAGAUUAAGGACGCCUUUAGAAGAAAAGCUAAAUUUGUUUUUACAAAACAUUUUAAAUAAAAUGUAAUAUAUGAUGGAUUAAGAAUUUAUUUUCAUGAAACACCAUUAAUGGAUUACCCAUGAAGCCCAUGACCACAAUGCAUGUGCCAGGCUCUUAUUCAGGGUAGUUUAAGGGACAUUAAGUAUGUUUGUUUUUUCUUUGUUUCAGCUAAAAAGGGUCUUUUUAAAAGUAUUAGUUGUUUGAAAAAACAGAUCUUCCUACGUAGAAGAAAUAAGGCGCUACAUACUGUUAUAAACAGAAUUCUGCUUUUAAAUCUGUAUAAACACGACAUUCUUCCAUUUCACUCUUACGUUUAAGGUGGCAGCUGCAGUGACCAAAACAGUUGAAGACCACCAGGGUCUCUUCUCCACAGAAUAUAUCAUAUUGGUUUUAAAAUUACAUGAAAAAAUUAUUCUACUUUCCUGUUCCAUGACUUCCAAGCUAAAUCAAAAUGUUGCUUUCUGCUUUUGAAUGGUUCAAUCUAAAUUGUCUGUGGUUUAAUCAUUUUUUUGUCUAUAUGAUUGUGUAAAGUGCCAUAACCCCCACACCUCAGUUUGUAGCAUAUUUAAAUGCAAGAAUAGUGUUUUGUGUGUGAGAUUUAUGUGCAAUACCAAAUGCAUUUAUUGUUAAUAGGGAAUAUGAUCUAAAUUCGAAAUACUUUAAUUUGUUAUGUAUACACCUCUCUAUGAAAUACAAAACUCAAUGUAUUCUUUUGAUACUGUGAGUCUGGAGUUAUUUGCAAUCAAGUGAAACUAAUAUUCCCAUCAAAAUAUAAAUAAAUGUUGUUUUUAA